UAUAGGUUUGAGUCAUAACUGAUAAUUGUCUAGAAAAGCAAAGAAGGAGUUAACAAUGCAGCCAAAAGUGCAUCCAACAAAAAAAGCAACGGUAUGGCAGAGCUACCAGAAGCAGUUUUCCGGUAUCGACUUCAACGUGCAGGACCGCCGUCACCACACGCGCAUCUUAUUAGAGUCAAUGCAGCGUCGUAAUCACCUCUUUCCACUCAGUAACAAGGACAUUGCUCAUCGUCUGCAUAAGUACCGUGAUGAACCAAGCGAGCUGCUCGAUGAUGUCCAGCGGCGUCCUGAUAAAGUUGACUGGGAUGCUUCUUUUAUUGCCUCAAAAGUAGUUGGAAGAACACCCAAAGCCGAGAACGAAAAGUCGGGAAACGAUUCCAACAAAGGAGAAUUACCAGCUCUAAGAAAUUAUUUGGAAAGUUCUCCGUCUACUUCCACUGAAUAUGAGGAGUGGCUAACCGAUGGCUGUCCCACAACAAACUGGGAUGUGUUUCUACAAGAGGAACUCUACGGCCCUAAAAAAGAUAGGGAUACUUUCUAUGCUUUAAAAUACUCUACAAAUAGAUGUAUUAAAAAAUAGAGGAUCUGCCCAAACUUUUUUAGAUGUAAUACUUCCGUUUUUGUCUCUUCUGUGAAUUUUAAUAGUAGCAGCUAAAGAAAAUAGUUGUCUUCACUAUGUCAUUGUUCAUUCGUUUAGAUGCAGUUUUUUUUUCCUUUUUUUUACUUCUAGCAUCUAAUCUUUUGAAUCUUUUAUAAGCAUGUUUCCUUAGUUUGGCAAGCCUAAAUCACUUACUUGAAUUAUUUCAAUUUUGCGAAAAUCACUAAGACCAUAUUAAACCUCCUUAUACAUCCUUUACAUAUGGAUGUGAGAAGAGGCGCCAAAAUAAAGCUUGAUGUUUCUUGUAAUCGGGAAAUCGCUCACUUAUUUUUGACUUACCUAUUUAUGGUCUUUAAUACUGAGAAGAGGAAUGCAAUGUAUGGAAAAGGUGAAAAUUAGUAUGGCGUUA